GAGCUAGGAUGAGCACCUAGGACUUUGUGAAAUGCGCUAGGACAGGAGUUUUUUAAAGUGGAUGUACAAAUAUGUACUGUUGUGAACAUCUGAACAGACAUGUGGGCAUCUGGCCCUGUGGUGGUGGAACGGAGUAUUUUAACUCCCUGGAGGUGCUGCCCCUACGAGCAUCCAGCAAGGAGUAUUCAGGACUUCAGUUUGUCACAUGGAAAAGAUUCCCGCUCCAGUGAUGGAAGUGAUGGUGAUGAGAACAAGGAGCGUGGCAACUGGUCAAACAAAGGCGACUACCUGCUCUCCAUGGUGGGCUAUGCCGUGGGUCUGGGCAACGUCUGGCGCUUUCCCUACCUCACCUACCAGAACGGCGGAGGUGCUUUUCUGAUCCCCUACACCCUGAUGUUGGCAUUAGCUGGCUUGCCCCUAUUUUUCAUGGAAUGUUCCCUUGGGCAGUUUGCCAGUCAAGGGCCCAUUUACGUCUGGAGAAUACUACCAUUGUUUCAAGGAGUGGGCUUCACUAUGGUCAUCAUCUCAGCAUUUGUGGCAGUCUACUACAACGUUAUCAUUGCUUAUGCAAUCUACUACUUAUUUGCCUCAUUUCAAAAAGUGCUACCAUGGUCAGAAUGCUUUUCCUGGGCAGAUGAAUUCUGCAGCAAGACACGAAUAGUAAAUGACUGCAAUACAACCUUACAUGGAGAAAUCAUUCAUGCAAACUACACUUUUGUCACAAGCAACAAUCUCACGUGUAUAAACGGCACCAUAAACUACAAACCAGUGCAAUUUCCUAGUGAGCAAUACUGGAAUAAAGUGGCUCUUCAGCGCUCGAGUGGGCUGGAUGAGACCGGCAACGUCGUGUGGUACCUGGCUCUCUGCCUCCUCCUGGCCUGGAUAAUUGUUGCAGCUGCAUUGUUUAAAGGAAUAAAAUCUUCUGGAAAGGUCGUCUACUUUACUGCGCUCUUCCCAUAUGUCAUCCUGCUCAUCUUGCUGGUGAGAGGUGCCACUCUGGAAGGUGCUAUGGAUGGCAUUCAAUACUACAUUGGGAGACAGUCUAACUUCACCAAGCUGAUGGAGGCAGAGGUUUGGAAAGAUGCAGCCACCCAGAUAUUUUACUCCCUGUCUGUGGCAUGGGGCGGGCUUGUUGCGUUGUCUUCGUACAAUAGGUUCCACAACAACUGCUACUCGGAUGCCAUCACAGUUUGUGUAGUCAACUGCGUCACCAGCGUAUUUGCUGGGUUUGCAGUGUUCUCCAUCUUGGGACACAUGGCAUUCGUGUCUCAGAGACCCGUCUCCGAGGUCGUGAACUCAGGAUUUAAUCUUGCAUUUGUAGCCUACCCAGAGGCCCUCUCCAAGUUACCAGUUUCUCCUCUGUGGUCCUUCUUGUUUUUCUUCAUGCUGCUGCUCUUGGGCCUUGACUCCCAGUUUGCCAGCAUAGAAACACUUACAACCACCAUUCAAGAUUUUUUUCCCAGAGUGAUGAAACAAUUAAGAAUCCCUGUAACCAUGGGGCUGUGCACAGUGCUCUUUUUUCUUGGGCUUAUCUGUGUUACUGAGGCAGGAAUUUACUGGGUUAACCUAAUAGAUCAUUUUUGUGCUGGAUGGGGAAUCCUUUUUUCAGCUGUCCUGGAGGUAGCAGGCGUCGUCUACAUUUAUGGAGGAAACAGGUUCAUUCAAGACAUUGAAAUGAUGAUUGGACACAAGAGCCGUUUUUUCUGGCUCUGGUGGAGAAUGUGCUGGUUUUUUGUUACUCCUGCACUGUUAAUGGCUAUUUUGCUCUGGUCUUUGGCCACAUUUUCACCUCCUUCUUAUGGCUCAGUGCAUUAUCCAGCCUGGGGAAGUGCUGUUGGCUGGUGCAUGAUCAUCUUCUGUGUCAUCUGGAUUCCCAUCGUUGCUAUUGUAAAAAUAGUUAAAGCUGAAGGAACCCUUUUUGAGCGCAUUGCGAGCUGCUGCCGGCCUGCAGCAAACUGGGGCCCCUACCUGGAACGCCACCGAGGAGAACGAUACAGUCAUAUGGUAGAUCCCAAAAAGGAAAAGGAACAUGAGAUUCCUACUGUGUUUGGCCCCAUAUACGUGCAAUAAUGAGAUAGCUGUUUGGAUGACAAUUUUUUAGCAAAUAUGCGUGUUUUGUCUUUUAAUAUUAGAAAGGGACAAUGCAAAGAAAAAAAAAAUUAAUAAAAAGAAAAAAAGCAAAUCAACCCCCUGCCCUUCAAAAUCCAGUCCCCAAACGAAAGCUAGCCAUAUUAUUUAUUUUUAGGGCUUUAGUUGUUGGGGAAGAACAGGUAAAUUAGGCACUGAGAUCUCAUCAGGUAUCUAGGUUGAGAGGGCAGGAUAAUACAUUGCAGGCUCCCCAGGCUGCUGGACUGGGCAGGCUUAACCCCACCCAACUGGUAUCCAGCUGGACUGCAGAUACGGGUGUGGAAGCGAGUAAAGACACAUUCAGGUACUCCUCAGCUACAGGAAUUUGAGCCCAAAGGUGCUGUGCAUGUGUGCCCUGAUGUGCAGUUACUGCCUUCCGCUUUGCUCUGCCAUCCACAGUGGUGUGUGGUCAGCAGAGGUGAACUGGUGGGUGUGCUGCUGCCUGGCACUGAAGCUCAGGGAACACAAAUAAUUUUUCUCUAAGCCUUGCUCAGUGUGCUGUGGGGCUGCUCCGGAUUUGAUGUUGAGUACUAUGUGUGUCUGUGUGUGUGUAUUGUCUAAAGAAAUAUAAAUAUUGAGCGGCAAAAAAUUUCCACCUCAGGAAAUAAGACUUCAACAUAGUGAAAAGCAGGCUGCUUUCUGUCUCUCAUUAUUUCCCUUGGGAUCCCCAAAGAGCCAUCUUUUGUGUCAUGCCCUGUGCUUAGCAUUCAUUUGUCUGUAAAAAAAAUCCCGUGUUUUCAUAUUCUGUCACUAGGAUCUGCAGAAUGAAAGAGUAACCAUUGAGUUCUGCUGUGUCUGCUCUCCUACUCUCACCAAAGCUUUACCUAUCAGUUUGUUUUCUGCAUCUUUCACUCAGAUUUGGGGUUUCCCUUGCAAAGGAGACCCAAAGUGCUUUUUUACAGAUUCAAACAGUGUUAUCAGUGUUGUGGUAGGGACAAAAGAAGCAGAACUUUACUUACAGUGAAGGUUAUAACUGCAUUUUAGUGCUAUUACUCCAGAAUUUGCUAAAAUAAUGAGAUUAAUAAAAAGUUAUGAAGUUUCUAAUGCAGUUAGGAAAGCAGACUUGGGCAUCUACCUAGGCAGGAGGGUGCUGGGUUAAGAGAACCUGAUUUCACUUGUAAUACAAGUGAAUUCCUGAUAAAGGGAAAACCCCCCUACGGAUAGACUAAAUACAUUUGGUGUGCUGAGGAACAUCUCUCUUACUGUGAUAAUGGUUCCUUGGGAACAAUGCAGCAGGGUAUGUAGCUGUCACUUCCUCUCAGGGCUUUGUCACUUUUUCUGGACAUGAAGGAGUGCGAAUAGUGGCUUGUUGCCCAAGUUGCAUUACCUUGGUGUACAUUUUAUACUGGUACUUUUUGUGAUAAAUCAACACUUUAUGGCAAAUAAAAUGUGAUUU